GAUGCAGGUCAAUGAUGCAGGUCAAUUUCAGUCUGCGUAAACGGGUACAAUCUUGUCAAAACUACUCCUAAAUUUAACCACCACUAUUUGGUUUAGUAUGAUGAGCCGUCUACUAGCGAUCGUCCUUAUACUUUUUAUAUACCAUCUUCCAUUUCAUAUCGUUGCAGUCGGCAGUCCCGCUUCUGCACAAUCGCCUUCGAAUAUCGACUGGAGCAGUUUAGAUAAUCUGCUCGAGAUCCCUUCUCCUGAGAUACAACCAAGUACAAUUUCCCAUGAGCAAGAGUAUCAACCGCAUGCACAAAAUGAACAUGACUUCCACAUCCAAGCCAAGCCUGUCCCAAAACCGAAAAAGAAAGUAAAAAUUCGAUACCCUGAAACCGUGCUCAAAGCUUAUCAAGGAUACGUGAAAAGGUUGCAAAAUGAUCCUGAAUAUGCUAAAAGACGCAAAGCUCAGAAAAAAAGCAGCAACUCAAAGGCAUAGAGAAAGGUUGAAAGCAGUCCUGUCGCCAAAAGAAAUGGAAGAACGUAGACUCAAAACU